CAGCUGCGGAGCCUAAGCUCGCGGCCGAGGAAGGGGCGGGCUGCAGCCCCCAGCCGGGCUCAUGGCCUCCGGGGCGUGCUGCGGGGCGCUCCGCGGCUUCCUCUUCGAGUACGACACCCCCCGCAUCGUGCUGAUCAAGAGCCGCAAAGUGGGGCUGGUGAACCGGGCGGUGCAGCUGGCCAUCCUGGCCUACGUGAUCGGCUGGGUCUUUUUGUGGGAAAAGGGCUACCAAGAAACAGACAAUGUGGUCAGUUCAGUUACCACCAAGGUGAAGGGCAUAACCGUGACAAACACAUCGGAGUUGGGACUCCGGGUCUGGGAUGUGGCUGACUAUGUUAUUCCACCUCAGGGAGAGAAUACAUUAUUCAUCAUGACAAACCUGAUAAUCACACUGAAUCAGACACAAGGCUAUUGUCCUGAGCUUCCAGAUAAGACAACGGUUUGUAAUUCCAGUAAGGACUGCACUGCAGGAUACAUAGGCACCCACAGCAAUGGAGUCCAGACUGGGAAGUGUAGGAAGUACUCCACCUCUGUCAAAACCUGUGAGAUCUAUGCUUGGUGUCCUGUGGAGAAUGACACUCAUUUACCAAAGCCGGCUUUCCUAAAGGAGGCUGAGAACUUCACCAUUUUGGUGAAGAACAAUAUCUGGUAUCCCAAGUUCAACUUCACCAGGCGAAAUAUUCUGCCCUCUAUCAGUACCACUUACCUCAAGACCUGCAUUUAUGACCCUAAAACGGAUCCCUUCUGCCCAAUCUUCCGAAUCCGUCAAAUAGUUGAAGCUGCAGGACAGAAUUUUCAGGAGAUGGCUGUUGAGGGUGGAGUAAUGGGGGUGCAGAUCAACUGGAACUGUGACCUUGACAAAUCUGCUUCUUACUGUGUGCCAAAAUACACCUUCCGUCGCCUUGACAACAAGGAUUCUGACCAUACGGUCUCACCUGGAUAUAAUUUCAGGUUUGCAAAAUACUACAAGGACGCAAGUGGCACUGACUCACGGACACUAAUUAAGGCUUAUGGCAUCCGUUUUGAUAUCAUGGUGUUUGGAAAGGCAGGAAAAUUUGAUAUAAUUCCUACGAUGAUUAACAUUGGUUCUGGGCUAGCCCUGUUUGGAGUGGCAACAGUCCUGUGUGACAUCGUGGUUCUGUACUUUAUGAAGAAGAGAUAUUACUACAGAGAGAAGAAAUACAAAUAUGUAGAAGAUUAUGAACUGGGAGCCAGUGAGACAUAUGGAACGCAAUCCUGACGGUGGUGGUGCUGCAGCAGCAUCAAUUGCCCAACAUGAAGUGCUGCUGUGAAUGUUAUUCUGCUUCAUGGAGAGAGAGUAAGAUGAUGCUGCAGGCUUCCCUUCCUGGAACUGGGUUAAUCAAUCUGUGUUCUCCAAGUGGAAAGAGAAGCCUCCCUCAUUAUGUUAUGGCUGACAAACAGUGCAUUCUUGUUCUGUGUCACUGACAACCCAGGGAAAGUUUUGAAGCUACUAGUUGUUUGAAUUUUUGCCAUGGUAAACAAAUGUAAAGAUCAGGAUGUGUAUGCCAAACUCUCAUGGAAAGUGUCUUAAGAUAAGAAACAGCUGAGUAAGUCUUCCCUUCCCCCUUAUUCUCUAGAAAGCCCCCUGGAGGGGCCAGUCACCCAAAGCCUACCUCUUUGCUAGGCACAGAGGAAGUUGGGCCAGGAUGAGUGUUGAGAUAAGUGACAUUAAAUGGGGGAAGGGGAGGUUACUUGGUGGAAGAGCCAGGCCCCUUUUAAGAGGUAAGAUCCCUUCCCCUGCUGUGGUCAACCUCGUCACUAAUCUUCACCCUCAGGCCUGGAGAGCAUCUAGCUACAGCCUGAUGGCAAUAAAACGUAUUUCCUUACUGUGAGGGCAAGUCAACAGCUAACCUGCAAGUUAUCCCUUGUGUAUGUGAUCUUCAGGAGCCCAGCGGAGGAGACGAAGCUCACUCUAGGUCUCCUGCAUUCGAGUAGGUGGCUGAUGCAUUUAUAAAGAGGCUGCUUUUUUUCUGGUCUUCUUAAAAUUUAGUGUUUGUAAUGAAGGAAAAAGAUUACAACGGUGAUAGCACUUCAAUGAGUGGAGAUGCCAAUAUUCCAAACACACAAAUUAACUAUAUUGCAUAAACUUUCUUCUAAAUGAUUUAAUAUAAGAGGAGAAUCCAUUCUCUAGUGAACCAAUAAAGCCCUUGUAACGGUAAAGCAUGGUCUCUUCUCUUAGAAAUGCUGCAGCUGGUGAGGCCAGGGCAGAGCUGAAGCAUUCUCACCAGCUAAUGACACUGUUGGAAAAGCCCUUUUCCUGUGGUGGUGGUGAGGCAGAGAUGUACACAGCUUAGAGGAUGGAGCAGAUGCUGACCAUGCCAGCUAUGAACCAAAGUGCGUGGGGGGUGGGAAUGCUUGGAGUUGUAUAACACACCUUUCCACUGCAGGAUUUGUAUGUGGUCCUACUAAUAGCCAUGAUCUAUCCAGUGGACGGAUGCAAGGACCAGUGUCAUUGCUUCCUUCUCCAUGCUCUGAGCUGCAACCUGCCCCUGUUCUCCUUCCCCUCCACAAUCCUAAACUUCAAAAUGCAACAGCAUAGCCACUGAAUUUAGCUUAGAUGGGCCUGUCUUAAAUGCUGGGAGAACAGGCUUGAGGGACUGAAAAAUCAGGCUUUCACAGGAAGCCAGCUGUACCUCAGUACAGGAUGCAGCAGCUACCAGGUAGCCCCUCCUAACCCUCGUCUGAAAGUCACUACACUUCUUCCAUUGACAUGACUAGGCCUACACUGGGCUGGGUGUGUUACCCUGUGGAGAGGGCCAAGCUCUGUUGUUUGGCUCUUUGCACAAUGCUGUCAAGGGCUGCUCUCAGCAGGCUGAAUACUGCAAAAACCACAAGUGGUACCCUGAAUAUUUUGCCAACCGUGGAAAAGUUUUCCUAAAAGAAGUGUCAGAAGUUGCCAUCCAUUAGCACACAACCACCCAAACAGGGAGCAGUAGGAACAAUCUUGCUUUUAGAGGGCUACUCUAAAUACUAAGCCUAGUCCACACUGAAGGCUUUUCCUUACUGUCUCAUGCAAAUAGGCUGAGACAGUUGCACACCAUGGUUUAAACAAAUGGCAGCUGGCCUGCAGCAAUACUCCCACCCCUGCUACCAUGGUCAUCUUGGUCACUUCCCCUUGCCACGAUUAAGAACUGUCCAUCUCAUUUAUCAGACCCAGUGAUCAAGCUCUCAGCCAUGCUAGCAGGUUCCUGCUGUUUCACUAUUUCUCUAAUGCAGGAUAAACUUCUCCAACAAACAAGCUAACGGGGUAACUUUUGCAGGCUAUUUAUUUCAACUUGUACAGAGAAGCUUAAACAGCUGUGGAAAAACACCUACAUUUCUUUUAUUAGUUAAUAUAAUUUAAGUGAUAAAUACAUAGUAUUUAAACUUUAUACACUUGAUGGAGUAAAAUGCAUAGUUAACAGGGAUAGGAAUAAAACAAGCCUUAGGCAUUAAAUAAACGGUAUAAAAGUCAGCAAUAUCACAGAACUUACAGAUUGCUUAUCCAGUAGAUAAUAAGGAGCCACCAACCAGUAACAGCUUUACUGUGCCAUUUCAGAGCCACGUGGCUCAUCCAUCAGCAACAAUUUAUGGCCAGUGUUGGGUUUUUUUGUUAAAGGACUUUCAAGGGGAAAACUAGCCACAGCCCUGUUCAAAGGCACAGGUAAAAGGUUUACUUCACUACAGCAAAGAUAGCUUGACUAGUAAAGGACGGUAGGUACAAAAUUGAACAGGUUUAUAUAUUUAUAUAGUUUCUCUAACAGCUCAUGCAUUUAGAUAACAGAGCUUCUUCACACUUUGUACACUUUAUAUGGGCUUCCUUGUCAAACAAAGAGCUUAAUUCAGAAAAAUAUAUUGUGCAGAGAGGUUAGGCUGCAGACUGUCCCUGACAUGGAGCUAGGUGUAGCAGGAAAAUAAAUUCCUUGGAGAGUUUGCUUGAGGAAGCUCUUAGGUUUUGGAUGCUUAGGAGUCAAAGGUCAAUGUCCAUAAACUGUUCUACAGUUAAUCUCUGGUGCCAGGAUACGAUGUUGAUAGGUACAGAAGACCUGAGCUUGUUUAAUAGAUGCAUUACUCCCUGCAUUGCACCUCUCAAGGCCCUGAUCACUCCUGUUUUGUAAAUUAAGCUUUAAUUAUAUACAAUGGCAUGAACCAAAUCAUUAAUGUAAAUGGAAAAAUUCAGCACUAUAUCUCCAUACCACUCACAGACCUUAAACAGAAACACGAUACACAAACUACCCAGCAAGAACAAGUAAAGAGAAUUUUCUUUUAAGCAUUUAGAUGCAUUUUUUUUUUUGCAAAACACCACAUCCAUUUACAAGCAUAGGAAACCAACUGGCAGCUCUUUAUCAGGUCUGUAUUUCCACAAAGAAAAUAGAUUGGGGAAAAGAGGAAGGAGAAAUGGUGAAGCUUGAGUUUACUUUGGUAUUCCUCUUGGUAUUAAAAAGCAAAGAAGCAGAGCAAACAAUAGCCAUUCACAGCUUCAAAUUAAGCAACAGGAAGCACUGAGUGUCCUUUUCACUGCUGCGGAUUCAUUGUUUCUGCUCUGAAAACGUUUACUGAAAUUGUGGUUCUUGUAUGAAUCGUGUCAUCAGUUUUGGAAAGAAGAUGACUGUACCAUUCCACUACCAACUUGAGAAUACAGGGAAUCUUGGAUUAUUGGCAUCCAAAAGGUUUUGCCAACUAUACAGGCUAUUAUGCUAAAGGGAACUUGCAUCAGUGGGACUUUUCUUGCUAAUUUCCAGAUUAACUUGCUAACUCUUAAAUAAAGGUCUGUCAUUUCUAGGGUGAUGGGAUUUGUUGUUCCAGGUCAGAACAUAGAGCCAACAAAUCCUGCCUCUUGCAGUGUCCACAAACUGAUGCUUCAGAGGAGGGCAAAAAUACAACCACGUCAUAAUGGCUCUGGCCCAAUAAGCCAUCUGUAGGGUAGGGGGUGGGGAAAUCACAAGUGAUCAAAAUAAUACUUGACAUUUCUAUAGUGCCUUCCAUGCAAGGAUAAAGAAUUCAGCCUCAUAAGCCCCUUACAUGGUAGGGAAGUUUGAGUCUCCCAGUUGCACAGGCCGAUUAAGUGACUGGCCCAGGGUCCCACACCAAGUCGGUGGGAAGGCUGAGGAAAGAAUCAGCUUUAGCCGCAGGACUAUCCUAUAUUGACCCUUCCCCAAUCAAAUGGAGAAUCUUUACCCCACUCAUCGACAUUCAUGUUUACCUCCGUUAUUCUGCUCUAGCUACUAGCAGAGCAUGCAUGACCUGGAAAUCUAAUGUAGAAGCCAGAAUCCCACCACUUGCCGUUUAGAUUUUACCACCACCACAAAAUCAUUCCGAAGCAAUCUCAGGGACAAUGAAAAUGCUCUUAGUAAGGAGUAAUCCCUAAACUAGAUGUGUAUUUUAAAUUACUGAAGUCUGCUAACUAGCCUCUGAUCCACAGGGAUUUACAAACUAUUGGUUACUAGUCUGCAGAAAUAUCUAGCCCCAAAAUCCAAAUUAAGAGUUUGAAAAAAAAA